AUGGACGAUCCGAAAAGAUAUAAGGAACACAUAACGCAAAUUAAAGUCGCAAGAGGCAAGGUUAAGGCCUCCUUAACUAGAUUAGAACAUUCUGCAGAUGAAUUAGAAUCAAAAAAUGAAGUAGUGAUUCGUUUGCAGAGGAUAAAUGAUCAGGGUCGAUUUGUUGUAAGAUUACCUGUUUAUAAGGACAUUAAUCAGUUAGAAGAUACAAAGGGAAUGACUAUUUCUAGGCUUCUAGCUAUGGAAAGGAAAUUUAAGUUUAACUCAGAAUUUGAAAUGGAAUACAAGAGUUUUAUGAGAGAAGAUGAAGAAUUGGGGCAUAUGUCACCUAAUAAAGAUUUUGAUUCUUCUAAACCGGAUUACUUUCUUCCUCAUCAUGCUGUGCAAAAGAAAGACAGCAUUACAACCAAAUUUCGAGUUGUGUUUGAUGGAUCCUAUUCUCAAGUUGUUCUUUCCUGGUUGUCUUCACCUCCUCGAAAUUGGAAGCCCUUUGUUGCCAACAGGACUUCAGAGAUCUUGGACCUCAUCCCUCAAAAUAGAUGGAGAUUUAGAAGUAAUAUGUCAAAACAAAAAAUGGGAGAUCUUCCUGAGGGACGAGUGACUCUCAACAGACCAUUUUUUGUCUGUGGUAUUGAUUAUGCAGGUCCAAUUUCUAUAUUGAAACACCGAGGCAGAGGAGCCAAAACAACGAAAGGUUAUAUGGUUGUAUUUGUAUGCUUUGCUACGAAGGCUUUACAUUUAGAAUUGGUUACGGAUUACACGUCCGAUUCCUUUAUUGCUGCAUUGAAACGUUUUUGCUCAAGAAGGAGCACACCUAAACAUAUUCAUUCGGACAAUGGGACUAAUUUUUUAGGAGCUAAAAGGAAGUUCAAAGAUUUAUACAACCAUUUAUCUAAAAUUAAUCUAGAUCAAAAGGUUUCGUAUUUUCUUUCUCAACAGGAAAUUGAAUGGCAUACUAUCCCUCCUUUGAGUCCGCAUUUUGGUGGACUCUGGGAAGCUGGUGUAAAAUCGGCUGGUGGAGAUGAUAUGAUGGUUGAGCAAGCGGAACAGCUUGUGAAAUUGGUGCUAAACUUUUGUGAAUAG